UAUUAUUUUCUUCUGAUUUAUUAAAAAUAUUAAUAAUAAAUGGGCCAAACAUUAAGUGAACCAAUAACAGUGAAGGAUACAGCUUCUUGUUCAAAUGCAUUGUACAGCAUUGGUUCUUCCUCAAUGCAGGGCUGGAGAAUUAAUAUGGAGGAUGCUCAUGUUCACCUUCUGGAAUUAGAAAAUGAUCCAACUUCAGCCUAUUUUUCUGUAUUUGAUGGCCAUGGUGGUUCUCACGUUGCCAAACUUGCAAGUCGAUACCUCCACAAACAAAUUGCACAAUCGGAAGCAUAUCUUCAGGGAAGAAUAUCUGAUGCAUUAAUUGAAGGGUUUUUAGAUUUUGACGAAAGAAUGCUUGAAGAUGACGGCUUGAAGGAUGUUUCUGGAACAAAUGCUGGUGAUUCUCGUGCUGUUGUUUCUGUCUCAGCAAAUGAAGAAGAAAGUAAGAGGAUAUUUGCUGCUGGUGGAUGGGUAGAAUUCAAUCGAGUAAAUGGAAAUUUGGCAUUGUCAAGAGCUUUGGGGGAUUUUGCUUUCAAAGCAAACAAAAAUUUAUCUGCUAGAGAACAAAUUGUGACAGCUUGUCCUGAAGUAGAAACUUGUACAAUAACUGUAGAGCAUGAAUUUAUUAUUUUGGCAUGUGAUGGAAUUUGGGAUGUUAUGACUAGUCAAGAAGUAAUUGAUUUUUGUAGAACACGUCUUGCCUCUGGAUCUUCGCCUGACCUCGUUUGUUUUAUUUUUUUAUUAGAGGGAAGUUUUUACAAUCUGUAA